AACAACAGCUGGCAGCAGUUAAAGAUGGCCGCCGCAACCAUAGCGGGGCUCGAUGCCCACAGGAUGGAGGAAAAGAAGUUCGAAUACUUCUCCUCCAUCAACUCCAUGGCCAAGAAAAUAAUGCAGGAGAGGGAGAAAAUCAAAGCCAAACACGGUUCGUCUUGGGAGAAAAUGACGCCACAAGAGCAAGACAACGCCAUCGACAACUGCAUGAUGGACCCCCAUAUCCGAGCCCGAUACGCUAUGCACAGAGUAGACCGCGAAGAGGUGGUCUGUUACCCCAAACUGCUCAUUCAGACGGGCCAGAAGAUAGUUCAUUUCGGUGAAGAGGAUAUUACCUGGCAAGAUGAGCACUCUGCCCCCUUCUCAUGGGAGACCAAGAGUCAACUGGAGUUCAGCUUGACAUCAGGCUCUGCAGAGGGGAUCUCUGCCUCACAGGCUGACUCAAAAUCCACCAAGGUUCCUCAUUCCAGCCAGCUUGGCAAAAGUACACCAGGAACCAAGGUGUCUGUCAGUGAGGGGCGGCGGCCAGAGGAGGAGUCAUCUUUCUGGAAGAUCAGUGCUGAGAGGUCCAGGCUGGAGGGAGAGCAAGCUGACUUCCAGUCCCUGACACCCAGCCAGAUCAAAUCCCUAGAAAAAGGAGAGAAAUCACUUCCUUCUUACCGCCGACAGGAAUCCUCUGUUACCUCCAAGGAGCAUGAGGCAGCAGAGCAUCACCCUCCACCUCCCGCCAGGUCCACCAAGCAGAGAGCACCCAAGCCUCCUGCUCCACAGCCUCCUCUCCCUGCCGCUGUUAGCGCAACUCCGGCGUCCAUCUCCAUCUCGCCAAACCCACCCCCACCUGUCAGCGUCUCCUCUUCAGUUGCAGGCUGGGAGAGAUCUCAGAGCACCUUGCCAUCAGUCAGCAACACCUUGGAUGAAAUGUUCUCUUCCAGCCUGAUGUCCAAGCCUUCCAACCUCUCUGCCAGUGUGGAGAAAGAGAAGGAGGAAGAGGGUUCACCCAAUUUUGACAACAGCCCCACAUUUUCCCAGGUUGAUCAGGAAAAACUCAGCAUUCAUACACAACAGCCAUACAUGUUACCAUGGUUACCGAAUGAGUUCAAUACAAGCAACAGCGUCCUGAAGACUGGAUUCGAUUUCCUAGACAACUGGUAAACCACAUCUGAGACCAGUCACCGUUCUGAAUGAGUCAUCCUCAUCAUCACUUUAAAGAAGGACCAUACUGCCAUGACUACAGACAUCCACAUCUAGAUUUAAGAGACUUUAAAAUGACCACAUUAUGUUCUUGUAAUCAUCUUCAGUGGCUUGUUACGACAUUAUCUCACCGCCUAUGUGCUGGUGUUUUUUUUUAUUUUUUUUUUUUACCCCUGAAUAGAAGUGCACCCUUUUCCUUUCAGACUAGGAUUGAAUCUUUUGAACCUCUUGCCAAACCCCUCCUGAUGUUACACUCGCUAUGAAGCACUAUGGUACACAGAAACAUAUUGUAAUUAGUAGGGGGAUAUAGUAGAUUGGAAAUCCAGUGGCUUUUAUUGUUCAGGCGUAGCAAAAUGUUCUAUUUGUCACCACAUGUUUUCAUGAGUUUGAAAACCACAUUGGCCACUUAUCCCUGCUAAUUAGGGUAGCAUGAUGAUUGUGUUGCUUACAGUGAGAAUGCACAGUAACUUGGCUACAUUCACAUGUAAACUCUUAGACACUAAUCCAGCAAAGAGCAGUUUGGUACCACAAGCAUGUAACAAUUUUCAUCAUCUGUGCAAACACCUCAUCCAUUUUUAAGUUGUAUUGUUUCUUAGGAAGAUUUUGCUCUCUGAUCUGCUUUUAUUUAUACUUACGAUAUAUAUUCUAUUAGAGUUGAAGUAGUGCUGCAGUCCUGACCCGCAUAGUGCAAUUACUACAGACAGUGUUCCUGCUGGUCAUGGAAGUCCUGGCAUAUCAUGGAAUUGUGAUAUUGGGGAAUGGAAAUCAUGGAAUUUUACAUUUAUAUGACCUCACUGAAUUAUCGCAGAAUGUUUUUUCCAACUUUUAUAAAUUCAUGGAACUAGAUGGUUGUUCUCAGCCAAGUCUAAGUGAAAACCAGACUGCUGUUCUCUUUGGCAUUUGAAAAAAAAAAAAAACAGGAGGGAAGAACAGCCAUGGAAGUACAUACACUUAGUCAUGGAAAAUUCAUGGACUGUAUAUCCAGACUGUCGUGGGAACCUGUUACAGAUGUCCUGUGUGGAUUUAGGUCCUUGCCAACACUUAACCCUCACUGUAUUACCCCUUUCAUCUUUGACCUCAAGCUAGCACUGAACAAAGCUAGUGUACAUUGAUAAAGACACUCAAACAUUGUGUUGUAGGUAGACAGGCAGGUGUGUAGUGGUUGGUAGCAAUUGUCAGACCUGAAAUCCAUGAUAUGACUAGAGUACUAUUUUACUGAAUUUUCUAUGUAUCCGCUGAUUGUAUCCUUUGCUAUAUCUGUAUAUUGCACUCUUGCAUUUUGAGGUCACAGAUUGGACAGAAGUAAAUACAUUAAACCUGUUAAUUGUC